ACCCAUGGGUGGUCAUUAUCUAGUCGUAUCUCGCCUGCAACUAGCUCACAUAUAACAGGAAAGGAAAUGAUGCAAAACAGUGAAACAGCUGCACGAGGGCCCCAGUAUGGACAAAGGAUGAUUUUUACAGGUCCAGAUGGAAUCGGAGACUACAGGCCAAGAUCUAAUUACUUCACCCAGUACAUCGGUGUGGGUGCCACAUCACCUGAGGCCACAGGUGACCUCAGUUACCUGUGCCGAGCUGCACCAGAUGCCCGCCCACUCAUGCCUAGGCAGAGCUAUGUGGGGGAGGUGGGCUGGGGAUGGCAAUAUAACCAGCUGUUAAACAGUGGGACGCUGCUCAGCAAUAUGCAAAUUAAGAAAACAGACAUACGAGCAGCGUUGGAGGACCGAGUCAGUCAAAGGUUUCAGAGCACAAACUCAGCAAACGGCAGACGCAGAGUGAACGUGGAGGACCUAAAUGAGACUGAAAACACAAGCACAGAAGGACUCAGCCUGAAGUCUCCCUGCAGUGACACAGCAUCCUCACUCUGAGGCUCGCCUCCCUGAGUUUUUCUAGCUUUACGCACUUUUGUUUUUAAUAAACCGAAGAUUAUGCCUCC